CACCUCCCUCUCCAGCGCAUGCGCAGUGUGACGCAGCCCUGACAACAAGCUAUCGGAUGCUAGUCUGUCUCUGGUAUGGGCGCUGCGCUGCGGAUUCAUCGGAUAACCUAGAGUCAGAUGAACAAAGCCUCACAUAUUUCACUGUCACUAUACACAUACUAUAGCCGCCUUUCCGCGUUCUCACUAUGCCGAGCAAUAAGCUUGAGAAACCUGACAAGCAGGAGGGGAAUGAUAACGUCAAGGUGGUGGUGAGAUGUCGUCCCCUCAACCAGAAGGAGAAGAUGAUGAGCCACAGACAGGCCGUCACGGUGGACGAGCACCGUGGGACCAUUACAGUCAACAAACUGGAGACUCCCCAUGAGCCUCCCAAGACCUUCACCUUUGACACCGUGUUUGGACAAGAAAGCAAACAGCUGGAUGUCUACAAUCUCACUGCCCGCCCCAUCGUUGACUCAGUAUUAGCGGGAUACAAUGGCACCAUUUUUGCAUAUGGGCAAACUGGCACCGGAAAAACAUUCACCAUGGAGGGUGUGAGAGCAGUGCCAGAACUCAGAGGGAUAAUCCCAAACUCCUUUGCUCAUGUUUUUGGUCACAUUGCCAAGGCAGAGGGUGACACAAGGUUUUUGGUUCGUGUUUCGUACCUGGAAAUUUACAAUGAGGAAGUGCGAGACUUGUUGGGCAAAGACCAGAUGCAAAGGCUAGAGGUGAAAGAAAGACCAGAUGUUGGCGUGUAUAUCAAAGACCUCUCUGGUUACGUCGUGAACAAUGCCGACGACAUGGACAGGAUUAUGACGCUGGGCCACAAAAAUCGGUCUGUCGGUGCCACAAACAUGAAUGAACACAGCUCCCGUUCUCAUGCUAUCUUCACCAUCACCAUCGAGUGCAGUGAGAAGGGUGUGGAUGGAAACCAGCAUGUGCGCAUGGGAAAGCUUCAUCUGGUUGAUCUUGCAGGCUCCGAGAGACAGGGCAAAACUGGAGCCACAGGUCAGCGUUUAAAGGAAGCAACAAAGAUCAACCUCUCUCUCUCCACGCUGGGUAACGUCAUCUCUGCUCUGGUGGACGGCAAGAGCACACACGUGCCCUACAGGAACUCUAAACUGACCCGUCUGCUGCAGGAUUCACUGGGAGGAAACUCCAAGACCAUGAUGUGUGCAAAUAUAGGCCCUGCAGACUAUAACUAUGAUGAGACCAUCAGUACCCUGCGCUACGCUAAUAGGGCUAAAAACAUCAAGAACAAAGCCAGGAUCAAUGAGGAUCCUAAGGAUGCUCUACUGCGCCAGUUUCAGAAGGAGAUUGAAGAGCUAAAGAAGAAACUGGUGGAAGGUGAAGAGAUCUCUGGCUCAGAGGGCAGUGGAUCAGAGGAGAUGGAUGAAGGUGAUGAUGAAGGAGGGGUGGCAGGAGAAGGCCGCAGGAGAAGGAGAGACAGUAGCAGCAGCAGCAAUAGCUCAGAAUUUGCCUGCUGCUCCUCAGGGCCACCCCCCACUGAGGAUAAACCUCAUAAUAAAGAAAGAGGGAAGAAGAAGGUUUCCCCAGACAAGAUGGUAGAGAUGCAGGCAAAGAUUGAAGAGGAAAGGAAGGCCUUGGAGGCUAAGCUGGACAUGGAGGAGGAGGAGAGGAACAAGGCAAGAGCGGAGCUAGAGAAGAGGGAGAAGGACCUUCUGAAAGCCCAGCAAGAGCAUCACCUUCUGCAGGACAAAUUGUCGGCCUUAGAGAAGAAGGUGAUCGUGGGUGGGGUGGACCUCUUGGCCAAGGCUGAGGAGCAGGAGAAGCUUUUGCAGGAGUCCAACAAUGAACUGGAAGAACGUCGCAGGAGAGCGGAGCAGCUGCGGAGGGAGCUGGAGGAGAAAGAGCAAGAACGUCUGGACAUAGAAGAGAAGUACACUAGUUUGCAGGAGGAGGCUCAAGGAAAGACCAAGAAGCUGAAGAAAGUAUGGACCAUGCUGAUGGCUGCCAAAUCAGAAAUGGCAGAUCUGCAGCAAGAGCACCACAGAGAGAUCGAGGGCCUCCUAGAGAACAUCCGCCAGCUGAGUCGAGAGCUGCGGCUCCAGAUGCUCAUCAUAGACAACUUUAUUCCCCAGGAAUACCAGGAGAUGAUAGAGAAUUACGUGCACUGGAAUGAAGACAUUGGAGAAUGGCAGCUGAAAUGUGUGGCAUACACUGGCAACAAUAUGAGAAAACAAACCCCUGCUCCAGACAAAAAAGAAAAAGAUCCAUUUGAGGUGGAUCUUUCCCAUGUGUAUCUGGCCUACACAGAGGAGAGCAUGCGGCAGUCACUGAUGAAACUAGAGAGACCCAGAACCUCUAAAAGUGGCAAGAGUGGCCGACCCAAGACUGGGCGCAGGAAAAGAUCUGCAAAGCCAGACGCUGUGAUCGAAUCCCUUCUGCAGUGAAGACGCCGUAGAGGAGAGCUUGGUUUCUCUGCAACUUUUGUGUUACUUUAGGAAAAGAAGUCAUUAGUCUAGUCUGAAGAAUUUAUUGUCAAACAUUAUUUAAAAGAUUAUCUGAAUACACUGUAUAGCUGGUAUGGUUUUAAAUGUGAAGGAGCUGCACUAUGAUAGGAUUAAGACCUCUUGGCCAAGAGGACUUGUUAUUUGUUAUAGUGUUAGACUUCUCUGUGGAUGUCCAACAUUUUAAUGUUGCUUUGGAACACAUUUCAGUGGCAGCAGCUACUGUUUGAAUUCUUUUACCUAAGCAUCUCUAGCAUUAAGGAAGAAUUUACCAUAAACCUAUUUCACUUGCAACAUCAUUGGUUUUGAAAAUGACCAACACUCUGAAAGAAGAUGCUGAAAAUAGAGUUGUGGACAUGAACUAUAAACUGCAUUCAUAUCCUCUGAAAUUUGUUGAGUGUAUUUAACACACCGUGGGCCAUAUUUAAACCAUCUAUGGCACAUGGUCUAAAGUGCAUGGCGCAAGUGCAUUUAGGGCGUGUCCAACUCCACUUUUGCUAGUUAAACGGCGCAUAAUCUGCACGCAAAGUAAGGCGCGAGGGGCUAAGUGAUUGUAUUUAGUCUCUUAAUUAAUCGUAGGUGUGUUUUGGGCGUAAAAGUAAUCAAACCAAUCUGAGCGUCAUCGCUCAUUCCCAUUAAAAGCCAGGUGCUCCUGCACAGCAAAAUUGGAGAAGCGAGUGCUUUUCUGAUGAGGAAACCGAUCUGCUCAAAGUGCACAAUGUGAAAAUGCGUGAGCAGAUGUACGGCAUCCUAGGUGGGUGGACCCUCUGCCUCCCAAUCCUCCGUCCCAUCAACAACUCCAUGUGACUGCAUAUGAGCAAAUGCACCUAUUACCUAUUUAACCGGUGCAGGUUAAAUUCAUUAUAUGAUAAUGAGCACUAAGCUAAAUAUGAUAAACAUGUAUAACUUUAAAGUAGCCUACAUCCACACUCUUACACACAGAAGAGAGGGAUGAUGAGAGGAGACGCCACAGAGGUGUGUGUGCACCGUGAUCUCUCCAUGCAGGGGCGGAGCAGAGUGCUGUCCUGUAUUUCCUGUAUCUAACCGAGGAGGAGGAGAGCUGCUCCGCGUCCCUGUGUGUGUAAGAAGCAGAGUGUACGCGUGUUGUGAACCAGCCUGUGUAUGCGCAUCUUAUUAUCUGAACAAUGCGCCCUUUAAAUAGCAGGAAAAUACAGCGCCAGACUUUAUAUACCAGGCUUUUGUUGUUCAGUGGCUUUCUGCUUCCUCAAGAUAGCAAUGCGGCAACCAUGCUGCUGACCACACCUCAUUUUAAGACCAACACGCCCAUGGACGCACGGAUGUACACAAGUACACGUGCUACUUUCACAACGUGUGCGCUGGACGUGGAAACGACAACUGCGUCGGUCUGAAAUUAGCAAUGACAGUUGCCCUAAGUGUUUUGCGAUGAAUACCACCCCGAAUAAGUUGUAACUUCUGUGUUACUGAUUUCCUGCUAUGUGAGAAACUGAUUUAUGUUAAAACGGCCCUGCUGGUGUGAAUACAUUAUAAUUGAAUUCUAAUUAAGGGUGUAUUUUCACCAAAAUUAAAGCAAAUGAUUCUACUCUGAGCACAAGCUGCAGCCUUAGUGUUUCUUCCAAUUGAAUACAAUAAAUCAUUAACGUGGAGAGAGAAAAAAAAGGAUAAACACUAAUGUGGAGGGAACUAGGAGAGGAGGGUAUAUAGUAUCAAGUAUGUGACUUAAAAGUGCAUUUUAUAGAAGCAUAUGGGCAUGCAUGCCGGCCAGCUCUUAUGUUAGUGCCAUUCGCUAAUCUAAGCAAGUUAUCUUUUUUUAAUUUAUUUUCAAAAGUCAGAACCCUUUAUGUUAUAUUGAAAUACACCUUACAUACUGUACGCCUCAGUUUAAUGCACUAGUAAGAGUUUUUUUGUGUGGAGAUAAUUCAAUUGUAUGAUGUUCUGUAGUGGAGGCAAACUGACUUUUAUUUUGUAUCAUAAUGUAUGUCAAAUGUUUACAUCCAUCAAACUCCUGGAUAUUUUAUUUAUUAAAUUAUUUUACACGUUUAUCUCA